UAAUUUCAACUAUCUUUUUAACACCUUUAUAAACUCCUCUAAAUUCGUUUAAUUUCCCUCAUAACAACUUUGCUUCUCCUAAUUAAUUCAAUAUAUGAAUAUGCUACUCAUAAUCCUAGCAAAAAAGGCAAUGUAUUUCUUGUUUCUUUUCUUGUUGACUGUCUUUUCUUUUCCCAUGUUUAUUCACUCUUCCCCUGUUUCAGAUCCUGAACUAAUAGUUCAACAAGUACAAGGGACGAUUAAUGCUUCUAGGAGUAGUUUAGCGGCCUCCUCAUGUCGUCGGUCAGGAAAUCCAAUCGAUGAUUGCUGGCGGUGUAACAAGAGCUGGGAUAAAAACCGGCAGCUAUUGGCUGAUUGUGCUAUUGGCUUUGGUAAGAAUGCUGAAGGAGGCAAAAAGGGCAAAGUUUAUGUCGUUAAAGAUGCUAGUGAUGAUGCUGUCAACCCAAAGAAAGGCACAUUGAGAUAUGGGGUUAUACAAGAUGAACCAUUAUGGAUAAUUUUCGUUAUGGAUAUGGUGAUCAAGCUCAAACAGGAGUUGAUGAUCAAUUCCUUCAAGACCAUAGAUGGAAGAGGUGCUAAUGUGCAUAUAGCCGGGGGACCGUGCAUCGUCUUACAAGAGGUUAACAACAUCAUCAUACACGGCAUUCAUAUACAUGAUUGCAAGCGAGGAGGGAAUGCAUAUGUAAGGAGAACUCCAACACAAUAUGGUUGGAGAAGUAAGUCAGAUGGUGAUGGGAUUUCCAUCAUCUCAUCAAAGCAUAUUUGGGUGGAUCAUUGCUCUCUGUCUAGAUGCACUGAUGGCUUGAUCGAUGCCAUUCAUGGCUCCACCGCGAUAACCAUAUCUAACAACUACAUGACAGAUCAUAACAAGGUGAUGCUCUUGGGGCAUAACGAUAAUCAUAAACAGGACAAGAACAUGCAAGUAACAAUAGCCUUCAACCAUUUUGGAGAGGGCUUGGUUCAAAGAAUGCCAAGGUGCAGACAUGGCUAUUUUCAUGUCGUAAAUAAUGACUACACUCAAUGGCAAAUGUACGCCAUUGGAGGCAGUGCAGGACCAACUAUCAACAGCCAAGGCAACAGAUUCCUAGCUCCUGAUAAUCGGUCUAAUAAAGAGGUCACUAAACGGGAGAAUGCAGCAGAAAAGGAAUGGAAGAAAUGGAAUUGGACAUCAGAAGGGGAUUUGUUUCUAAACGGAGCACGAUUUGUAAAAUCCGGAAGUGGAUCAUCCUCACCUUAUGCCAAGGCCAUGAGCUUAAGCGCUCAGCCAGCUUCACAUGUGGCUUCAAUGACAAAGGAAGCAGGUGUGCUCAAAUGCCAGAAAAACAGAAGCUGCUGAUCUAUUUCUGAGCUCAUAUAGGCCAAUUAACCCAUAGUUUUAUUGUUUCAUUUGUUUUUUGUUCUUUAUUUUUCAAUAUAUAUAUUAUAAAUACAAGAAAAUAGACUCAGCUUUCUUCAAUGAAACCUUUCAUAAAGGGAUAAAAACAGGGAUAAAAGUAAUCACAGAUUCACAAAUGUGUUAUUGCUUCAUUACAUAUGUUCAAAUGAUUAUUCUAAAGUGUUAUUAAACAUGAAUUUAAGAAA